AUGGCUGUUAAAUCUGGUAUUGCUGUUGGUUUGAACAAGGGUAAGAAGGUCAACUCGAUGACCCCAGCCCCAAAGAUCUCUUACAGAAAGGGUGCUUCUUCCAAGAGAACGGAGUUUGUUAGAUCUAUUGUCAAGGAAGUCGCCGGGUUGGCUCCAUACGAGAGAAGAUUGCUUGAUUUGAUCAGAAACUCUGGUGAGAAGAGAGCCAGAAAGGUUGCCAAGAAGAGAUUGGGUACUUUUGGCAGAGCAAAGGCUAAGGUUGAAGAAAUGAACAACGUCAUUGCUGCUUCCAGACGUCACUGA